GUGCGGCCCGUUUAUUUUGAACUCCCUGUUCGUCUGAUGGUGCCAGUGUGGAUGCUUUAUGGACAAAUGAAUCCAGCUUGUGUCCAGCAGCCUACCUUCUCGCGUCCGGGGCGGGAGCCGAGGAGGGGCUGGACAGCAUUAACAGCCAGCGACCGUCGGUGAGCGCACGGAGUCGGAUUUCCCGAGCUCUUCAAAGGCGCAUCUCUGGUUUGACAGAGUCCUCACAGGAGAGCCAAUGCACCCCUGAAGAAAAAGCCCACACUUUGGCAGCAGAAAACAACAGAGCUGAAUAAAUCAGAAAUGAUUGCGAAGAAGUGAAGGAUUUGAAAGUGCUGACAUACUUGAAUGAUCAGGAGCCAUAGAACAGAAAGCAAGGAACAGUGACUUCCAAUUAGUUUCCAGCAUGGAGAUGAUACAAUUUCUGUCUGCCUUCUUGUUUGCCUUUUGUCUUCCCGUAAACAAUGCUCAAAAGACAGUUUGCACAGAGGAGACUGCUGCAGACAUCGUGUUCUUGGUGGAUGGCUCGUGGAGUAUCGGAACGGAAAACUUUCAGCAGAUCCGGGACUUCCUCUAUGCCCUUAUAGACAGCUUUGAUGUGGGAGCAGAUAAAGUACAGAUUGGGCUCAUUCAGUACAGCAACAGUCCCCGAACAGAGUUUACCCUCAACCAGUAUCAGAACAAACAGGACAUUCUAACAUACAUACAGUCCCUUCCUUACAAGGGUGGGGGCACAAGGACAGGCCUGGGGCUCAGCUAUAUGCUGGACAACCACUUCACAGAAGCAGCAGGGAGCCGAGUGCGUGAAGGGGUGCCACAGGUGGCCAUUGUGAUCACAGACGGCCAGUCCCAGGACACCGUGAAGCAGGCCGCCGAAGAGGUGAAGAACAGCGGCAUCACGCUCUACGCCAUUGGGAUAAAAGAGGCAGUGUUGGAAGAGCUGAACGAGAUAGCCAGCGACCCGGACGACAAGUUUGUGUACAACGUGGAUGACUUCGCUGCACUGCAGGGCAUCUCGAAGAAUUUCGUCCAGGUUCUGUGCACCACUGUGGAGGAGUCAAAGCGUCAGACUCUUCAGGUUUCAAAAGAAUGCCGGCAAGCCACUGCUGCUGACAUUGUGUUUCUGGUGGACGGUUCAACAAGCAUCGGUGAGACAAACUUCAAUGAAGUGAGGAACUUUCUUUAUACCUUUGUGGAAGGUCUGGACGUUGGCUUGAAUAAGGUUCGCGUGGGACUAGCGCAGUACAGUGACGAGGUGUACCAAGAGUUUCUACUGAACAAAUACUCCGAUAAACAAGACAUCUUGGAACAGAUGCAAAACCUGCAGUACAGAACUGGUGGCACUAAUACUGGGAAAGCCCUGGAGUUCCUCAGGACACAGUAUUUCACAGAAGAAGCAGGAAGCAGGGCCACACUAGGCAUCCCGCAGGUUGUCAUUGUCAUCACUGAUGGGGUAUCAGCCGACGAAGUCCGGGAGCCAGCUAAAAAGCUAAGGGAGAACGUGACUGUUUUUGUGGUUGGCAUUGGUGUUGCAGCUUAUGAUGAGCUUCAGGAAAUUGCGAACAGGCCAUCUGACAAGUUUCUUUUCAAUAUUGACAACUUCGAAGCUCUUAAUCAAUUAAGUUCCAGCCUUUUGCCAAAUGUUUGCACCUCGAUUGGAACCCAGAAAGAAGCUUUAGCUCCCAGCUAUGCAGAUAUCGUUUUUCUGGUUGGUGGUUCAACUCUUCUUGGCUCUCCAGCUUUUCAACAAAUAAGGAGUUUCAUCUCCAGAAUAGUGAAUCAGCUGGACGUUGGCAUUAACCAGCAUCGAGUUGGCAUGGCGCAAUUCAGUGGUGACACCAAGACCGAGUUCUUGCUGAAUACUUAUGAGAAGAGGGGAGAAGUACUUAAUCAUCUGAAGAACAAUUUUAGAUUAAAAGGUGGAGCCCAAAGAUUAGGACAGGCCCUAAAUUACGUACACCGCACCUUCUACAAAGAGUCAGCGGGCAGCAGGAUUGCUGAGGGAUUCCGUCAGUUUCUCAUUGUUUUCACCUCUGCAAAAUCAGAAGAUGAAAUCCAGAGGGCGGCGAGGAUUAUCAAGGCAGAGGGAGUGACUGUGAUUUCAAUCGGACUGCCCCGUGCACCUAUCACUGAGCUGGAAGUGGUGGCCACAAAGCCUUAUGUCUACCAGUUGAAUUCACAAGUGUUCAGCAAAACAGUCCAGGAAGUCUCUGGGAUUAUUGAAUCUAAAGAAGCACACCUGGGAUUAUUAACUGGACCAGCAGCCUGCAAGUCUGCCACCGUGGCCGACAUUGUGUUUAUUGUGGAUGAGUCUGCCAGCAUCGGGACACAAAACUUCCGGUCCGUCCGGAACUUCGUCUACAAAAUCAUUGAUGGUUUGGAUGUGGACCUUAAUAAAGUGAGGACUGGUGUCAUCAUGUACAGCGACGCCCCAAGAGCUGAGGUGUAUCUGAACAGCUUUAGAGAAAAGGCCGAGGUUUUGCGAUACAUCAAAACCCUGCCCUACAGAGGCGGUGGCACAAAUACAGGUGCAGCCUUAGACUUUGCGAGACAGAACAUGUUUGUCAAAGGUCGGGGAAGUCGCCGGUCCCAAGGCGUGCAGCAGAUCGCCAUCGUGAUCACCGAUGGCGAAUCCCAAGACAACGUGAGCGGCCCGGCGGUCAGUCUCCAACGUGCUGGUGUGACCGUCUUCGCUCUGGGGAUCAAGGAGGCCAACAUGAAGCAGCUAAAGCAGAUCGCAUCCUAUCCAUCCAGGAAGUUUGUUUUCAACGUUGAUAGCUUUGCAAAGCUGGCCUCUGUGGAAAAGUCCCUUCAGAAAUUGCUUUGCAGUGAAAUAAUCAAUAUUGCCUUUGCUGCUCCAAGAGUGAUCUACUCCCUUAAAGAAGGAUGCGUGGAAACAGAAGAGGCAGACAUCUACUUUUUAAUUGAUCACUCUGGAAGCAUCGAUCCCCUGGGGUUUGUGGACAUGAAAAAAUUCAUCAAGGAGAUGAUUCGCAUGUUCAGAAUUGGACCGCAGAGUGUUAGGAUUGGGGUGGUGAAAUAUGCCAACACACCUACAGUAGAGUUCACUGUAACAGAGCACACCAACAAGAAAGAUUUGGAAAGAGCUGUAGAGAGGGUCCAACAGCUGGGAGGGGGAACCCAGACAGGAGACGCACUGAGAUCGAUGAGCGCCCUCUUCCAAAAGGCAGCCAGCAGCCGCAACAGAAAGACUCCCCAGUUUCUCAUCGUCAUCACAGAUGGGAAGUCCCAAGACGCAGUGGUGGAUGCUGCCAAGGAGCUCAGGGCACAAAGCAUCAUGAUCUACGCUAUAGGAGUUGGGGAUGCAAAUGAAGAUGAGCUCUUGGAGAUGUCAGGAUCACCAGACAAGAAGUUUUACGUCUCCAAUUUUGACUCGUUGAGGCUUAUUAAGAAUGAAGUAGCCCAAGAACUCUGCUCUGAGGAAGUAUGUAAGACAAUGGAAGCAGAUAUAAUUUUUCUGAUUGACAGUUCUGGGAGCAUUCACCCAGACGACUAUUCCAAAAUGAAAACAUUCAUGGAAUCAAUGGUUGACAGAUCCGACAUUGGUGCAGAUAAAGUCCAAGUAGGGGUCCUACAGUUUAGCAGUGUGCAACAGGAAGAGUUUCCCCUCAACAAAUACGAAGACAAGAGCGGAAUAAAGCAAGCAAUCUAUAAUAUACAGCAAUUAGGUGGUGGGACACUAACUGGGGAAGCUCUGAAAUUUACAUCCCAGUAUUUUGAUGCUGCAAGAGGUGGGCGGUCGACUGUUAAACAGUUCUUGAUUGUUAUCACGGAUGGAGAGGCCCAGGAUGAGGUUGCCAAGCCAGCCCAGAACUUGAGAAACAAGGGAAUAAUCAUCCAUACUAUUGGGGUAAUGAAUGCCAACGACACUCAGCUUGUGGAAAUCAGUGGUUCUCAAGACAAAGUUCACUCGGCAAAGAACUUCGAUGGGCUUCAGUUCUUGGAAAAGAACAUCCUAUUUCAAAUCUGUAACCCAGAUACUGAAUGUAGGACAGAAGUUGCCGACAUGAUCUUUCUCGUGGAUGAAUCCACCACCAUUGAUUCCAGCGAGUUUGUGAGCAUGCAGAAGUUCAUGAUUGCCAUGGUAAAUAACUCGGACGUUGGUAAGAACAGAGUCAGGUUUGGAGCAAUUAAGUACUCCACCACGCCUACUGAAAUGUUCAGAUUGAACCAGUUCGACUCCAAACAGCAGGUGAGAGACGCCAUUGCUGCUAUGACAGCAGAUGGUGGGGACACAUACACGGCCAAGGCCCUUCAGUUCUCUCAGACGUUCUUCACUGAGGCCUACGGUGGCCGUAAAUCUGCUGGAGUUCCCCAGAUACUGCUGGUCAUCACUGACGGUGAAGCUACAGAUCGAUAUGAGCUUCCUAAGUCGUCAAUGCGUGUCAGAGAGGAUGGAAUCAGCAUUUAUGGUAUAGGGGUGGAAAACGCAACUGAAGAAGAACUGAAAAUAAUGACGGAAGAUGAAACAAAGGUUUUCUAUGUGAAUAAUUUUAAAGGUCUCGAAGAACUACAGAAAAAUAUCACCAAGAAGCUUUGUAAUGACACUAAACCAGCAUGCGAAACCAAAGAGGCAGAUAUUGUCAUGUUGAUCGACGGAUCAGGGAGCAUCAACCCAGGACAGUUCCAGACGAUGCAGAAUUUCAUGAAAGACAUAGUUGGGAGCUUUAGAAUCAGCAAGACCAGUGUUCAAGUUGGCGUGGCACAAUUCAGCACAGAGCCUCAGAAGGAAUUCUAUCUGAGUGAAUUUGACAGCGAAGACGCCAUCAAGGAGAGGAUAUUACAGAUGAAACAGAUGAAGCAAUCGACGUACAUCGGCAAAGCGCUGAGGUUCAUUCGUUCGUUCUUUGAGCCCUCCGCGGGCAGCAGGAUCCGACAGUUCGUGCCUCAGAACCUCAUUGUGAUCACUGACGGAAAAUCGAUUGAUCCAGUGGAGGAAGCAGCAGCAGAGCUCAGGGCCUUAAACAUUCACAUCUUUGUCAUCAGCAUCGGAUAUGUUGACGCGCUAAAGCUUCAGCAGAUCGCGGGCUCCAAUGACAGGCUUUUCACAGUGAAAAAUUUCAAUGAGCUUGAGACAAUAAAGAAGCGAGUUGUCAAGAACAUAUGCGAUCCAGGAGAUGAGCCUAGCACCAGCUGCACGAUUGAUAUUGCUGUAGGAUUUGACAUCUCCAGAAGAGGCAGAUUUCCAGGACUAUUGAGUAGCCAGCGGAAGCUUGAAGCACAGCUCCUUGGCCUAAUUCGCCAAAUGUCUUACUUAGACAACCUCAACUGCGUGUCUGCGUCUCAAGUUAUUAUUCAAAUAGGAUUUCUUAUAAGUGAAAACGGCCGGAUUAUUUUUGACUCCAAUUUUGAAAAAUACAAUGAGGAAAUCGUAAGAAAGGUGAUGGUGACACUGCAGACCAUGGAAGCAACCUACUUCACUACCAAGCUUUUGCAGUCUUUUCUGGAUAAAUUCAAGGGCAAAUCAACUGCCAACGUUAAGGUGCUGCUGGUGUUCUCUGAUGGACUAGAUGAGAAUGUUGAACUGCUGGAGACUGAAUCAGAAAAUCUCCGAAGGGGAGGCAUUAAUGCAUUGCUGACUGUGGCUUUAGAAGGGGUCACAAAUGCAAAUGAUCUUCAGAUGGUGGAAUUUGGAAGAGGGUUUGGAUAUAAAGUUCCUCUGGCUAUUGACAUGCACAACAUUAAUAGUGCAAUGGCUAAAGAACUUGACACCAUCGCAGAGAGGGUGUGCUGCAAUGUCAUGUGUAAAUGUAUGGGGCAGGAAGGCCUGCGUGGGCCAAGGGGACCCCUGGGAAUCAAGGGCUCACCUGGCACAAAAGGACCUCCCGGUCACCCUGGUGAUGAAGGGGGAUUUGGAGAGAGAGGUACUCCUGGGUUAAACGGCACACAGGGUAUUGAGGGAUGUCCUGGGAAAAGAGGCAUAAAGGGACCAAGAGGUUACAGAGGCAACCGGGGAGAAGAUGGGGAUCAUGGAAUUGAUGGAGUUGAUGGUGAACAGGGAAUGGCUGGAUUACCGGGAGCACUGGGAGAGAGAGGAGACCCAGGCAGCCCAGGUAGAAGUGGAGUGAGAGGGGAACCCGGAGAGAGAGGGCAGCCUGGCCUUAGAGGAGACCCUGGAGACUCAGGUACAGACAAUAACAUCCGUGGACCGAAGGGAGAGAAAGGAAACCCUGGCAUACAGGGCGAUGCGGGAGAAGAUGGCACACCCGGCGAUGCUGGUGUGGAUGGAAAAAGAGGUCCUCAAGGCCGACGGGGUGCCCCUGGGUCGAAGGGAGAACGAGGGGAGCCGGGCACACCGGGGCUGCGUGGAGAUCCCGGAGCGAGCGGCCCUCAGGGAGAGAGGGGAACACGUGGACUUCCAGGGCCUCCUGGCACUCUUGGUCUACCUGGGCGUCAGGGGGAACUGGGCCUCCAGGGUCCGAAAGGAUCUGUUGGAAAUGAAGGUCCAAAGGGACAGAAGGGUCAGCCGGGAGACCCUGGAGUCAAAGGGUCAGUUGGACCAAAUGGACCCAGGGGACUGCCAGGAAUCGAUGGCAGAGAUGGGUAUGGAUCACCUGGACAGAAAGGAGAAAAGGGAGAAUCAGGUUUUCCAGGUUACCCUGGGCCUCAGGGAGAAGAAGGAGACCUUGGGACCCCUGGCAGUAGAGGUCCCAAAGGGAGUCGUGGAAGAAGGGGUAAUAGUGGCAGUUCUGGAGUUCCAGGAGAUCCUGGAAUCCCUGGGGCUUCUGGACAUAAGGGUCCAAAAGGACCAAGUGGAACCAGAUCAAUGACUCCCUGUGAGCUUGUCGGCUAUAUCCGAAACAACUGUCCGUGCUCCCAAGGCAGGACGGAUUGCCCUGUGUACCCAACAGAGCUGGUCGUUGCCCUUGACAUGUCCGAGGAUGUUACUCCGCAGGUCUUUGAGAGAAUGCGGAACAUCGCCGUGAACCUCCUCCAGGAUCUGACCAUCUCAGAAAGCAACUGCCCCACCGGGGCCCGCGUGGCUGUUGUCUCCUACAGCUCCACCACAAAGUAUCUCAUUCGCUUCUCGGACUACCACAGGAAAAAACAACUGAUCGAAGCUAUAAAAAACAUACCACCAAAGAGAACAACCAGCCGCCGCAACAUCGGGGCGGCUAUGAGAUUCGUAGCCAGGAACGUGUUCAAGCGAGUCCGCCAGGGUGUGCUCAUGAGGAAGGUGGCCAUCUUCAUCAGCAACGGAGCAUCGCAGGAGGCCACUCCUAUUGUGACAGCAGCACUGGAGUUCAAGGCUCUGGACAUCACCCCCGUGGUCAUCGCCUUCAGGAACGUGCCCAACGUCAGACGGGCUUUUCAGGUCGAUGAAACGGGCAGUUUCUUAGUGUCUGUUGUGGAUAGACCACAGAAUCAAAGAACGGAGGUCCAGAGAAUUCAGCAGUGUGCUCUGUGCUUAGACGUAUGCAAUCCCUCAGAAGCAUGCCGGAUCAACCUCAUUCCUGCUCCCCUGCAAGCUGACGUGGACCUGGCUCUGGUAGUUGACAGCUCCCGGAACGUGCCGACGGAUCAGUAUGAUGGUGUCAAGGAGCUUCUGAGCUCCAUUCUGGACCAGCUUGACGUUAGCAGCCAGCCAGGGACCUCCAACAGGGGAGCCAGGGUGGCUCUGGUGCAGCACAGCACACUGAACUACCCCCCACGGCGAGGCCAAGCUCCGGUGAGGACGGAAUUCGACCUGCUGAAGUUUAAAAGCAGGAACUUGAUGAAACGACACAUUUCUGAGAGUAUGCAGCAGCUCGGGGGCUCCUCUAGCACGGGCCAUGCGGUCGAAUGGGCAAUCAACAACCUCUUGCUCAAAGCCGUGCGGCCGAGGAAGGCGAAGGCGGUGUUUGCGUUUGUCGGAGGCGAGACGAGCUACUGGGACCGGGCCAGACUGGGCUACGUGGCCCGGCGAGCGAUGUGUCAGGGCGUUGCCGUGCUCGCGUUUUCGGUGGGCAGCGACUAUAACGACACGCAGGUGGAAGACCUUGCGAGCAUCCCCCUGGAGCAACACAUGGUGCACCUGGGCCAGGCGAAGCUCGGCGAAAUAGAAUUCGCCCAGCGGUUCGCCAGAGCCUUCUUCCGCGUCCUGAGCACUGGAGUCAAUAGCUACCCCCCACCUGCUCUUCGAAGGGAAUGUGCAAAUAUCCAGGAGCCUGUGCAGCAGGCUGAGAUCCUGGAGACACCUCCCAUAGACAGAAUCAAACCAAAAACACCUCCUCCUGCGGAAGAAUAUUAUGAAUACACAGAGGAGUCUGAAUCCAUAGUAGAAGAAGAAUCGGAGCCAGAGGAAGAGAUCACAGCAGGCCCAGAGCUGUCCCAAGAGGAAACGGUGUCCCAGUAUGAGGAGACAGGACGAGCUGUGGAAGAAAUCCUCUUUGGAGGCGAAGAAAGUACAGGUAGGGAAGAUACAGACCAAUGCCUGUUGGAUGUGGAUCUCGGUAGCCUUUGUGGGAACUAUUUGCAAAGAUGGUAUUAUAAUCGGGCAGUCGGUGCAUGCUCCCCUUUCUGGUAUGGCGGUUGUGGCGGUAAUGAGAAUCGAUUUAAUACGGAAAACGAGUGCCUUCAGACAUGCGUCCUAAAAUCUGCGGUUGAGAACACUGAAGAAGAGGACCUUCAGAACGAAGACGCUUGCACUCUUCCAAAAGAUGAAGGGGACUGUCGGAACUUCACCCUUAAGUGGUUCUUUGACGGACAGCAAAACGAGUGUUCUCGCUUUUGGUACGGGGGAUGUGGAGGAAACCGAAACAAAUUUGAAACUCAAGAGGAAUGCGAAGCCGUCUGUCUUCAGUCUCGUUAGGCUGAUUACAUGUGUAAUAAAUCAAGAAUUUAGUCGCUUUUUAAUACAACAAACUUAUUGAGAAACAAUAAAUGCAAGUUGUUGCAUAUAUCAAAUAUUGUAUACUGUAGAUAUGCCUGGAUUUUUUUUUAUGGAAGUGCAGUAGGAUAUGUGUGUUACUGGGUAACACAGAUUAGUUUGCUGGCUUAGCCCAGCAAUCAUUUUUACUUCAGCAUUAGAUCCAUUACGUUGUAAAAGAAUUAUCAAAGAUUUUCGUUAGUAUACUGUAAAUCUGAAUUGCUUGUUUGGCUUUUAAAAGUUGGCAACAUGCCUACCGCACUCCUAAAUCCACUCUGUACAGAAAGUAUCAGCAGAGAGCAAUUGUGUGAAAAGAGCGUUAGAAAGGAAAAAGAAAAUAAAAUUGUCCAGGGCAAGUUCUGCAUGAACCCAAGUUUUAAAAAUGAAUGGCUAAAUGAGUAGGUACUAAAUACUUAUAAUAUUAAUGUCAUGUAAUGUUGAAAGACAGUGGUGUUUCACUAAAUGUUGUUUGCUGCAGAGAAUCGUUAUCCCUGGUGCUAGUAAAUAAAAUAUUAUCAAAACUGUGCUUUUUACUAAAAAAUAAAAAAUGUUUACAUUGUUUCUUAGAAUACUGGCAGCAUCUACCGAGUACAAAACAUGAUUAGAAGAUACAGUACAUGUACAGUACUUGACCCACAGAACUGUGUUUGUAUUUCUUAUUAAUUUCAUCAUUGUGGAUCAUCCAACGUUCCAAAGCAAAGUCGUGAAAGUAUCUCUGUCAACUACAGUGUUUGUUAUUUGUACAUGAGGCAAUGAUUAAAAACGAGUGCCUGAAUAAACAA